GCUGUCGUCUUUUGAUGACGUCGAGGUAAUGGCCGCUCUCGCUGUGCCGUUCCUAAUGUUUUAUUUUCUCCACCACAGCGGUUAAACUAAAUCGUUUAUUAUUUAUUGUAGACUGUUAAAACCAAUAUAAGCGGGAGAGGCGAAGUUCUUAACGCAGCAGCGCCGUCUUAAAAGAGGUCCGGGUCGACAAGAUUAUUCUCUAAUGGAUACUCCUGAGAGCCCUACCCAGUCCCCUCAGUCCCCUGAGGAGGACGAGAAGGGCCUUUCUGACAAUGACCUGCUGGAUUCUCACGAUGAAGACGAGGACGGGGUAAUCUCAGAUAGUGACAUGGUCCACGAAGAUGACAAUGAGGCGUUGGCUGACGAAGAUGACGAUGAUGAGGUAGCGGAAAGCCGAGGAACAGGUUUGGAAUUUGAUGAAGAGAGGGAAGAAGAUGAGGUGGUCCCUGACUUUGUCUCAGACCCAGAAGAUGAGGAGCCUCAAGAAGAAACAGAAGGGAUGGGACAAGAGGAUGGGACCAUUCUGCUGAUGGAGGGGGAUGAGGAUGGUACACAGGGGGAUCGGGAGGAGGACAAGGACGGAGACGAGCAAGAAGAUGGAGUGAUUGACACCCCACAGUCUCCAGACUCAGAGCCGGAUCAGGGCAGGCGCUACAUUGCUGAAGAAGAUGGAGAAGAUGGGGAGGAAGAAUACAGGGACUACCAGAAGGAGACCUCGACAGAGCGUGAGUCAGCUGAGGUGGGUGAUGAGGAGGAAGAAGACAAAAGCAAAGCAGAGGAGGAAGAGGAGGACGAAAGGAUAAGAGCUGAGGAAGAAAAGAGAAGGAGAGCUCUUGCGAUAAGGGUAAUGAAGGAUGACUCAGCAUCUGUUUCCAGGGACCUAGAUGAGCAUGAACUGGAUUACGAUGAGGAGGUCCCAGAAGAGCCCAGCAUCCCUGGUCAUGAGGAAGAGGAAGAUGAGGAAGACACAAAAGGGGAAGGAGAAGAAGAGGAGGAGCGUGAGGACAAAAGCAUUAAGAAGAAGGAGAGGAAAAAAAUUCUCCCUCCAUCUCCGAAAGACGGUGAAUUCAGGAGGACAGACGACUCCAAAGGGUCUGAGAGGGCACGCAGAGAUUCCUUCAGAGACAAGAAGAAAGAUGAGGAUGAUGGAGAGAUUGAUGAAGGAGAGAUAGAUGAUGAUGACCUGGAGGAGGGAGAAGUUAAAGAUCCCUCCGACCGGAAGAUAAGACCCCGUCCCAUCUGCAGGUUCUUCAUAAAAGGAAAUUGCACAUGGGGUAUGAACUGUCGGUUCAUCCACCCUGGUGUCAAUGACAAAGGUAACUAUUCUCUCAUCAGUAAGCCAGACCCGUUCUCACCUAACGGAGCGCCUCCAGGAGGACCACACCCACUCAUCCCCAAUAACCCCUGGGCUGCACCUGCCGUAGAGGAGCUUCCUCCCCCCCCUCCUCCAGUGGAGCCUCCUGUAGAGAGUGCCUGGGAAAGAGGAUUACGGCAUGCCAAAGAGGUGCUGAAGAAGGCCACUAUCCGUAAGGAGCAGGAGCCCGACUUUGAGGAGAAGCGCUUCAACGUGACCAUCGGAGAGGACGAGAGAGAAUUUGACAAAGAGAACGAGUUCUUUAGAGAACGCAGCUACCGCAUCAUCAGAGAUGAAAUGGAAUUCAGGGACCCUGCAUACGGCGACCCUUAUGCUGAUCCAUACUUUGACUACGAAAUGGAGGCCCUAUGGCGAGGGGGGCAGUAUGAAAACUUCAGAGUGCAGUACACAGAAGCCCCUCUUCCCUACCCCUACCCUGAUCGCGAACGUGAGCGAGACCCCCGUGAGCGGCACCGGGACAGAGAGAGGGAGAGAGAUCACCGUGAGAGGGAGCGCCGACAGAGAGAAAGAGAGAGAGAGAGGGAGCGUGAGCGUGAGAAGGAGAGGAUCCGGCGGAAAGAGGAGUGGGAGAGAGACCGGUUGAAGCGUGACGAUAAGGAGAGGCCGAGGGUGCGUCCUCCUCGAGAUGCAAGGGAGAAGAAAGAGGAGGAAAAAAUGAAACCGCGCUCACCUCUAAGCAUGCCGCCAAACAGGCCGAUGGAGCCUCCCUCAAAGAAGGAUAUGAUGCCAGUCAUGAGGCGACCAGAUGAGUGGAAGGAUCCAUGGCGUCGGUCCAAAUCACCAAGAAGAAGACCUGGAAUGGGGUCCCCACCACGAGGGCGCAGGCGACAUCGGCCCUCUGGCUCCUCUGUCUCUCUUUCAAACUCCUCCAGGUCUUCUUCUCGCUCUUCAUCCUACACAGGCUCUGGGUCCUCUCGUUCCCGCAGCCGCUCCUCCUCAUUCAGCUCCUACUCCAGCCACUCCUCCCAACGCAGCUCUUUCAGCGGCAGCCGCUCUAGGUCUCGAUCUUUUUCCACGUCUCCUUCACCGAGUCCAGCAGCACCAAGGGCGGCUAAGAACAAACCAGACCCUCCCCCUAUGCUGGCUAAAGGCAUGCCGCCGAAGCCAGGGGCCAUGCCCCCUCCUCGCAGAGACAAAGCUCCCAUGAAGAAAGCUCCCAGCCCUCCUCCUCCUGGUGGACCACAAGGCAGGCCUUCCAAACCCCCGCCAGAAGGAGGAAAGCCUCCCAUCAAUCCUCGGGAGCCUGGAGGUGCAGGUGGUGCGGCAGGUGGUGGCGGAGCAGGGAGACCCCUGCCUCCACGGGAACCUGGAAAACCUCCCAACCAGAGGGAAGACAGACGGAGAGACCGGCAGCAGCAUCUUCCUCGGAGACAAACUGUGAGUGGGAGUGUUAGUGGAAGUGGCAGCAGUUAUUCUGGUUCCAGCUCCAGAUCCAGAUCCUCCUCCAACUCCCUCUCACGCUCACGCUCUGGAUCAAGAAAAUCCAGGAAAUCCAGGUCUCUGAGUGUGAGCAGCGUGUCAUCGGUGUCAUCAGCAUCGUCCAGCAGCAGCUCUGUGCGGAGCGCUGACUCGGAUGACAUGUACGCUGACUUGGCGAGCCCCGUGUCCUCCGCCAGCUCCCGCUCGCCCACACCAAAUCAACCGAGGAAGGAGAGAGGGCCUCCACGGGACCGUCUUCCACACGGCAGAGACAAAACCAGGGAGAGACCGCCAAAGAAAGAUGAACCUUUCCGGGAAGAGCGCAGGAAGAUUGACCCAUCUGGAGGCCCACCAAGAGGAGGCAACCCUAUGCCUAGAUCAGGACCAGGAAGCCGCGGUGGCCACCCUUUACAUCCCCCACCUGGCGCCAUGGGCCCCCCAGGAAACUAUGGAGGUUCAGGAUCUCACAAAGACAUCAAACUCACCCUCCUCAACAAGCAGCAGGGAGAUAAGGGCAACCGCAAAAGGUACCUGCCUUCUGACAAAGACAGGCCGGGUUCCCCCCUCAGCAAGAGAAUGGCGAUGUCUCCAGACCGAGGCCGUGAUAAGAGGAUUCCUGGUCGACCCAUGCUUUCCCCUCGAAUGGAUCGCCCCAGAGGCCAAGGUCCCAGACCAAUGCCCCCCCAGGGAGACAGAAAACGACCUCUGUCACCACCCUCAAAGUCGUCUGGGAAAGGCCCGGCAGUGCCUUUGGGCAAGCCGGCCGCCCCAGGCUCUGCUCCAGUUGCUGGCUCAGGCUCUGGUUCAGCUUCAGGCUCUAACAAACCCAGCAACACACUGUCCCGCCGUGAGGAGCUGCUGAAGCAGCUGAAGGCCGUGGAGGACGCCAUCGCUCGAAAACGUGCAAAGAUCCCCUCCAAAUAAACAAAAGCCCACAUCUCGUCUGUUAGCCUGCCUGAGUGAGGCCCUGCGAGGCGGAGAAACAAUGAGGGUCAUGGGAUGACUUUUCUCCUGCCUUGAGUGGAUGUAUUAAAAUGUUGUGUGGUUCAUGUAUAGAGGCUAUUGUGUAAGAGAGCAGGAAAAGGCCACUCAACAUCCAUCCUUUGCUUGAGGUUCCACUCUGCUCCAUUCCAGAGAGUUUCUCGCUCCCAUAUGCUCGUUUUUAGAUCCCGUCAAAAGUCUCUGAAUGUCUCGGCUGCAGUUUACCUCGUCAAAUUGCAACAGGAGGAAACAUUUGGGCAUGUGGUCAGGGAGGGAUAUCUCAGGAAUGGCAUGUCGACGUUACAGAAACAGAAGGGUAUUAAGGUGCACUUGUGCACUUGCUUCACACUGUUCAUUCAAAAAGGAAGCACCUUCUCAUGUUGUGUAACAUAUUACAGAUUUAUACACCGUGAGUAUCCUACGUCUGCCUUUCUCUAGCCCCUCCUAUCGUCUUUGUUCUCCCACACGUUUUCUUCGGUUUCCUCCAUGUGGACUCAGCUCUACAGGUUACAGACAGACUUCACAAUGCUUAUUUGUAUAAAUCCACAAAUUCUUGAGCAUUCAUAUUCAGCCCCUUUAAGUCAUCAUGAGCCUGUGCUUUGUCCACAGCAGACUUAUCUUCAACCAAUGACUUGUCUGCGUUCAGUGUUAAGGGCAGUGUUCACUGUCACACUUUGUACAAAAAUAGCAAAUCAUCCAUUUCUUUAAAGUGUAAGAUUAUAGACAACAGUGAUGUGAAGUAUUGCUUCUUCUUCCUCUUUUUUUUUUAAUCUACAGCAUUUUGUUUUCUUCUAAGCUCUUCUCAAGUGAUCAACUGAUGUUUUAUUUGUGUGAUAUUUUUAGUUUGAGGAGUACGAGAGAUUGAACGGGGACAUUUAGACACAAGAUUUGUCUUGCUUUUGUGACAAAAGCCUUCUAAAUAAACUAUUUUGAUAAAGAGAA